AUGAAGUCAUCCGCACUCCUCACCUUGGUCCUCGCGGCCGUCGCCUCCGCCCACAUUGUCAUCACCUACCCGGGAUGGCGUGGAAACACCCUCAUCACCAACGACACUUUCCCCUACGGCAUGCAAUGGAUGUAUCCCUGCGGUGGCCACAACGUGACGCAAAACCGCACCUACUGGCCCACCACCGGCGGUGCCGUCGCCUUCCAGCCAGGUUGGUUCCGCGGCCACGAGACUGCCUUUGCCUACAUCAACAUGGGCUUCGGAAGCGACGGUCCUGACGGCGGUCCCCUCAACAUGUCCAACCCCAUGGUUCCCCAGUUCCAGAUCCUCGGCCCCACCAACAACCCGUUCCCCGGUACCAUCUGCCUGCCCCAGGUUCCUCUCCCGACGAACACAACCGUCAAGGCUGGCGACAAGGCGACUAUCCAGAUUGUCGAGCUGGCUAUCCACGGCGCCGCACUGUUCUCGUGCGUCGACAUCAUCUUUGCCGAGCCCGGUGACAAGCGCCUCAACGAGGUCAACGAGACCAACUGCUACAACUCGACAGACAUUGGCUUCGCCGAAGUCUUCACCAUCACCACCAAACAAUCUGGCUCCGACCAGUACAUCAACGAAUCGAGCGCCACGAGUCUCAGACAAAUUAGCUGGGCGGGCUGGCUCCCUCUGGUUGGCGCCGGUCUGUGGCUGCUGUUCGCAUAA